GCAAGCCCGCGUCCUUAAUUCACUGGGGUGAGCGCCCAGAGCGCUGGCAAAUCGGUGGGACCCACCUCCGCGAUGCAUCGGCUGCAGGUAGUGCUGGGUCACCUGGCCGGCCGGCCCGAGUCGAGCUCCGCGCUGCAAGCUGCGCCCUGCUCCGCUGGCUUCCUGCAGGCCUCGGCCUCCGACGUGGUGGUGGUGCACGGACGGCGCACUCCCAUUGGCCGCGCCAGCCGUGGCUGCUUCAAGGACACCACCCCCGACGAGCUUCUGUCGGCCGUGUUGACCGCGGUUCUCCAGGACGUGAAGCUAAAGCCUGAGCAGCUGGGAGACAUCUCCGUGGGCAAUGUGCUUCAGCCCGGGGCUGGAGCCAUUAUGGCACGCAUCGCCCAGUUCCUGAGCGGCAUCCCAGAGACUGUACCUUUGUCUACGGUCAACAGACAGUGUUCAUCGGGACUGCAGGCAGUGGCCAACAUUGCUGGUGGCAUCAGAAAUGGGUCUUAUGACAUUGGCAUGGCCUGUGGGGUGGAGUCCAUGACCCUGUCCCAGAGAGGGAACCAUGGGAAUAUUUCUUCCCGCCUGCUGGAGAACGAGAAGGCCAGAGACUGCCUGAUUCCUAUGGGGAUAACUUCGGAGAAUGUGGCUGAGCGGUUUGGCGUUUCACGGCAGAAGCAGGAUGCCUUUGCGCUGGCCUCCCAGCAGAAGGCAGCAAGCGCCCAGAGCAGAGGAUGCUUCCAUGCUGAGAUUGUGCCUGUGACAACCACUGUCCUGAAUGACAAGGGUGACAAGAAAACCAUCACUGUGUCUCAGGAUGAGGGUGUCCGCCCCAGCACCACCAUGCAGGGCCUGGCCAAGCUGAAGCCUGCCUUCAAGGAUGGAGGCUCUACCACGGCUGGAAACUCCAGUCAGGUGAGUGAUGGAGCAGCUGCCGUCCUGCUGGCUCGGAGGUCCAAGGCUGAAGAACUGGGCCUCCCCAUCCUUGGGGUCCUGAGGUCCUAUGCAGUGGUCGGGGUCCCUCCUGACGUCAUGGGCAUCGGACCUGCCUAUGCCAUCCCUGCAGCCUUGCAGAAAGCAGGGCUGACUGUGAAUGACAUAGACAUCUUUGAGAUCAAUGAGGCCUUUGCAAGUCAGGCCGUCUACUGUGUGGAGAAGUUAGGAAUUCCUGCAGAGAAGGUGAACCCGCUGGGGGGUGCAAUAGCCCUGGGCCACCCCCUGGGCUGCACGGGAGCAAGGCAGGUUGUCACGCUACUCAAUGAACUGAAGCGCCGUGGCAGACGGGCUUACGGCGUGGUAUCCAUGUGCAUCGGGACUGGGAUGGGAGCUGCUGCGGUCUUUGAAUACCCUGGGAACUGAGGCCUGGCUGCAGGCGGCACAACCCAGAGAGUGCCACAGUGGUGUCCAGAGAGGGACGCUACAGAAGCCGUCUGCGUGGGACACUCAGCAGUGGAGGGGUGUGUCACAGCACUUUAAUUUAGAAAAUGUAAUUGCAGCAUGGGUACACGUGGGCACUGGGGCAUCCAAUCCGGUUCUCUCGGUCGAACCAAAGACAGUGCAUGCUAUGCUUGACCACAGGACAACAUUCAUUUCUGUGGGACGGUGCCUUCAUGAAUGGUGGAUGUGAUGGGCACAGUAAACGUGGGUGAACUGA